AUGGUUUAUUUCUGCCAGUGAAUGCUACAGGAGACCUUCCAGCAAUCAUUUAUUGGAAGCAGACACUUAUUGGGAUUUAUUGCAUCGCUAAAUGCCACAUCUCUUCUACAGAGCUUGAAGAUUGAGAAGGAAACCUUCCCUUUUAUCAAGCAAUAUGGAACAAAGUAGAAUGACUUGCUAUUUGAAGAUCUCUGGAAAGACAUCUGCUUUGUGGAUAUUAUUUGUUGGGUCAAAGAUCUGCGAUUUCUAUCCUUGUAAUUCGACUUUGUGGAUUCUCAUCCACCCUGCCUGCCUAGGAGGAACAUCAUCUGCAACGAGCAAUUUCAGCACUGCAGGUCUAUGGAGAGAAGCGGGAUAAUAUGGUUAUUCCAGUCCCAGAGGCAGAGAGUAACAUUGCCUAUUAUGAAUCUGUGUACCCAGGGGAAUUUAAGAUGCCAAAGCAGCUCAUUCACAUACAGCCUUUUAGUUUGGAUGCUGAGCAGCCAGAUUAUGACUUGGACUCGGAAGAUGAUGUCUUUGUGAAUAAGCUGAAAAAGAAAAUGGAUAUCUCUCCUCUCCAGUUUGAAGAGAUGAUCGACAGAUUAGAAAAGGGCAGUGGACAGCAGCCAGUUAAUCUCCAGGAGGCCAAACUGUUGUUGAAGGAGGAUGAUGAAUUGAUAACAGAAGUGUAUGACUAUUGGAUUAAAAAGAGAAAAAACUGUCGUGGUCCCUCUCUCAUACCAACAGUGAAGCAAGAGAAGCGAGAUGGCUCCAGCACGAGUGACCCAUAUGUAGCUUUCAGGAGGCGCACUGAAAAAAUGCAGACCAGAAAGAAUCGAAAGAAUGAUGAAGCUUCAUAUGAAAAAAUGCUAAAGUUACGUCGGGAUCUAAGUCGAGCAGUCACCAUUCUGGAAAUGAUUAAGAGGAGAGAAAAAAGCAAGAGGGAAUUGCUGCACUUAACACUGGAAAUAAUGGAGAAGAGGUAUCACCUAGAUGACUAUAAUGGAGAAAUCAUGUCAGAGGUUAUGGCACAACGUCAGCCAUUAAAGCCUACCUAUGCCAUCCCUAUAAUCCCCAUUUCUAGUAGUCCAUUUAAACAUCAGGAUACAAUGGAGAUUAAGACCAUUAAGCAAGAAAAAAGUGAUGCACGACCGAAGCGAAAAUAUGAAAAAAAGCCCAAAGUCUUGCCCUCCUCUCCUGCUGCUCAACAGACCAGCCCUGCUGCACUGCCAGUGUUUAAUGCUAAAGAUCUGAAUCAGUAUGAUUUUCCCAGCUCUGAUGAUGAACCCAUGUCCCAGGUUUUGUCAGGUUCUUCAGAAGCAGAGGAAGAUAAUGAUCCAGAUGGUCCUUUUGCUUUCCGUAGGAAAGCUGGUUGUCAGUACUAUGCUCCACAUUUGGACCAAACUGGCAACUGGCCUUGGUGUAGUCCUGAGCAAGGAGGGCUUGGAGACAUUCGCUAUAGAUACUGCCUCACUACCCUCACUGUACCCGGCCGGUGUAUUGGGUUUGCACGAAGACGGGUUGCACGUGGUGGAAGGGUGGUCCUGGACAGAGCAUAUUCGGACUACGACAGUGCUUUUAGUCAGCUGGAUGUUUAUACACUUUCCUCUCCAGAACACUCUUCAAUCAAUUCAUUUGCCAAUACCUCAGAAACUAAUACCUCGGAUAAAUGUUUCUCUAAAGACCUCAGCCAGAUAUUAGUAAAUAUAAAAUCAUGUAGGUGGCGCCAUUUUAGGCCUCGGACAACAUCCCUACAUGACAGUGACAUUAAUGACUUCUCCUAUAGAACGUUUCACAAAGGUAUAACUCGAACAGGCACAGCACAACCUGGGACCCAGACUUGCAGUACCUCGACAUCAAGUAAAAGUAGCAGUGGUUCAGCACACUUUGCAUUUACAGCCGAACAAUACCAGCAACAUCAACAGCAACUGGCACUGAUGCAGAAACAGCAGCUUGCUCAGAUUCAUCAGCAGCAGGCGAAUAGUAAUUCCUCUGCCAACGCUGCACAGGGUUUUGUUUCCAAGACAUUAGAUUCUGCUAGCGCUCAGUUUGCAGUUACAGCUUUGGUGACGUCCGAACAGCUGAUGGCCUUCAAAAUGAAGGAUGACGUGGUCCUUGGAAUUGGAGUGAAUGGCAUCCUUCAAGCCUCAGGAGUAUACAAGGGCUUACACCUCAGUAGUAGUAGUAAUACAUCUGCAGCACUCGUACGUACAAGUCAAUCGGCAUCUUCAACAGGUUCAGCCUUGCUACAGCCUUCCAAUAUUACACAGACUGCUAGUUCCCACAGCACUCUGAGUCACCAAGUGACUGCUGCCAAUUCUGCAACAACUCAGGUCCUGAUUGGGAAUAACAUCCGAUUAACUGUACCCUCCUCCGUUGCCACUGUAAAUUCUAUCAACACCCUCAAUGCACGCCAUUCACCUAGGACUAUAAGUACUGUUCCUUCAUCUGCCUUAAAACUGGCUGCUGCAGCAGCAAAUUGUCAGGUACCCAAGAUUCCAGCAGCAUCUCCAGUGGAUGC